AACCCGCCCUCAUGAAGAGAUGAUUGUCUGUCUCGUGAAUGUGAUAGGAUUGGGUGUUAUUGCACCGGUCCUCAUUUUGUAGUAUGGAGACAAACUUAAGAGAGAAGAGGCGUUCGGAGCACACCCUUCUACGACUAAGACGAAAGGAGGUUGCAAAUAUCGACCAGGAUAUAAAGAACUUUCGAAAAGCCUUGUUCUGUCAAGGUUUAGACAUUCGUCCUGUCAAGGACGAUGGCAAUUGUUUGUUCCGUGCGGCAGCAGACCAAAUUGUUGGGAACGAAAGGUUUCACGCUCAAGUUCGAGAACAAGUUUGCGAUUAUAUAGCUUUGCACGGGGACUAUUUAAAGGAUUUCGUAGAGGACAACAAUACUCUUGAAGAAUACCUUUCAGAAAUGCGUAUAGAAGGAACUUGGGCAGGAAAUAUUGAAUUACAGGCAAUAUCUCUGCUUUAUGGAGUGAAUAUAAGGGUUCACAGACUGGACCAACCAGGCUAUGACUUGGAAAACUUCAAAGAAAAGAACGCUGUUUGGAUUCAUCUCGCGUUUCAUCAAGGAGAGCACUACUCAAGUGUACGAAGACUUAAAGAUGUUUAUUCUAAUGCACCAGCAAAGCAUUGCGAAAUUUCUGCCAGUAGAAGAGCUUCAGUCGCUAAAGAAUUGGCAAAGGAAACAAAGACUUCCGUAGAGCAAGCAUUGAUCGUUUUAAAUACAGUAGAUGGUGACGAAGAUCGUUCUCUUGAUUAUCUUUCUCUGAUAUCCAAAAAUUCACGCAGUUCAGAAGAGAAGAGGCAUCUUGAGAAACUGAAUAGAGUAGAACGAAAGGAGCUGAAAAGACUUAAGCGUCUGUUUGGUAAGACGCGACUUGGAUAUCACAGCGACCCAGAAUAUUCCAUAACGUCAACUUUAGCCAUUUGAAAUGAUUGUGUUAAUAUCUUGUACGGGUUCUUGAGAGUUCCGAGCGAAUGAUUUGACAGGUUUGAAUCAAAAUUU